UAAUUUUGAUUUUUAGUUAAUUUAGGACCUAAUCAACUUUGGCUCCAAUAAGAGAACGAUUUUGGUUUGCAUCACUAUACUGCAUUCUAAAUCAAAUUUAAUUUGACCCCAAAGCGACAUUAAGGAUCACUGUUUCUGAUUAUAUUCAUGUCCAUUUUCUGGCUUUUUAAUCUUUUCACCGGAUAUUUUAUGAGAAACUUGAGGGAGGAUAUAUUAUGAUUUAAUGGAGUCAUCUUAGCAUUUAUUUCAAGGACUUGUGCAAACAUUCACUUUAUAUUUCUCCACCGUUUUCUGUUUUUUUCCCCUCUUCAACUGUUUUCUGUUUUUUUCUUAAUAAUGCAUAUUUGUCCAGUUUUUUGAGUGAUGAUUUCAGAAGUUGUUUCAACUUUCAACGUUCCCAUUCUAUACAUUGAAUAUGAAGAAAGCUUACAGGCUUUUGGAUAAUCCGCCCUUCUCAUUUCCUUCCCAUCUUUCAUUUAUUUCCUAUCAAACAUAAAUUUCUAUUUUCCUCCUUUCUUUCAUUUUCUUUCCUGACACAUUAGCUCAACCAAACAGGUGCUUAGCUUAGAGAGAAAGGGGAGCAGACUUAGCUAGAGCAAAUGGGUAAAGGUGGGAUGUCACGUGAAGGUCAUGGAGAAGAAGAAAAUAUGGCUGCCUGGCUUGUUGGUAUAAAUACCCUCAAGAUUCAACCUUUCAUACUUCCUACCCUGGGCCCCCAGGAUGUCAGAAUUCGAAUGAAAGCUGUUGGGAUCUGUGGCAGUGAUAUUUACUUCCUCAAGACACUGAGAUUGGCAGAUUUUAUAGUGAAAGAACCAUUGGUAAUUGGCCAUGAGGCUGCAGGGAUCAUAGAAGAAAUUGGUAGUGAGGUAAAGCAUUUGGAACCUGGCGACCAUGUGGUGAUUGAACCUGGGAUUAGUUGUUGGCGUUGUGAUCUCUGCAAGGAUGGUCGAUACAAUUUAUGCCCUGAGGUGAAGUCCCUUGCAACUCCACCAGUUCAUGGUUCCCUUGCUAAUCAGAUAGUGCAUCCUGCAGACCUAUGUUUUAAACUACCAGACAAUGUGAGCUUGGAGGAAGGGGCAAUGUGCGAACCCCUAAGUGUUGGUGUUCAUGCUUGUCGCCGAGCUAAUGUUGGACCAGAAACAAAUGUGUUGAUCAUGGGAGCAGGCCCCAUUGGACUUGUCACAAUGCUUUCAGCUCGAGCUCUUGGAGUACCGAGGAUCGUCAUUGUGGAUGUAGAUGAUCAUCGUUUAUUGGUUGCAAAAUCUCUUGGUGCAGAUGAGACUGUGAAAGUUUCAACAAAAAUUGAGGAUGUGAGUGGAGAAGUUGUUCAGAUACAUAAAGCUAUGGGAGCUAGGGUGGAUGUUGGCUUUGAUUGUGUAGGUUUCAGCAAAACUAUGACCACUGCAUUGACUGCUACUCGCGCAGGCGGCAAAGUGUGCCUUGUGGGGAUGGGUCAUCAUGAAAUGACUGUUCCACUCACACCUGCUGCUGCAAGGGAAGUUGAUGUGAUUGGGAUUUUCCGUUACAAGAACACAUGGCCUCUCUGUUUGGAGUAUCUGAGUAGUGGGAAGAUAGAUGUGAAACCCCUUAUAACUCACAGGUUUGGGUUCUCUCAGAAGGAAGUUGAAGCAGCCUUUGAAACCAGUGCUCGUGGUGGCAAUGCUAUUAAGGUCAUGUUCAAUCUGUAAACACUUAGAUUUUACACAAACUAGACUAUGUUCGAUCUAUAAAGUUAAAGGUUAUGUUUAAUUGAGGUAUCAUAUAUAUUGCAUUAUUAUGUAAUCAUUGUAGUCAUGUAGAGUAUUCUCAAAUCACUCUGAAUUUGAUUUUAAUUUUUAUCGUAUCGAGUCGAGAGUAUUGUCCAAACAUUUAUAAUAAUUAUGCUUUUUGGAAUAGGAAUGGAGGUGGCAUUAUUAGUUAUUA